CAAACGAAACUUGUCGCUCCCCAUGAGAAUUGUUGCUUACAUGACUUUCGCCGUGCACGGAGAAAUGAAUAGGUGUGAAAGCACGGAAGGGAAGCGGUACGCGGGGAAGAAGCUGCCUGCUUCGUGGCCGAGCUCGGAAAGGAAGAAACGGUAUCGCAUCGCUGCCGGAGGAGAAGAAGAUGACUUCCAGCACCAUGUCGAUGUCGUGCCUUUUGGAAACCAGGAAACCACCAGGCUGUUCACGUGUGUACAUUUUGGGACCAGCCCGAAUGUCAUCAGCUGUCAAACCCAGAUUGUUCAGACCGAAAGCCCACGACGGCCUGACCUUCGUUAUUAUGUAAAACCUGAAAGUUUCUCUGUGCAUGAACCCAACACAAGUAGCAACGGUCAGCGACUAAGAAAUUUGGAUAGUGCUUACUUUGGCAGGAAACAAGGAAGCACAGAUAAAAGACCCGGCAACGAGGGUGGAACCAUAAUACUGGGUGCCGAGUACUCUGCAUUCUUCGAGUUGAAACCAAGGUAA